UUGUGUGUCUGGGAACCUGCUACUGGUUUCCCAUCCACGCUCACUCACUCACACACUCCUCACUCAGCCGCUCAGUCAGACAGAAAGGCUGGCUCUCCGGCAGCAAACACACACUCACAAACUACACAGCGAAGUGAAGCCGACGCGAUGCCAAACGCGAAAUGCUCCCGUGUGUUGUGAGAGGACAGCUGACAGUGAGGAAGAAGAAGAAGAAGGAGCCGUUGGAGAAAAGUGGGCGAACUGUGACAGCUGGAAGAAAAUAAACCGAAUUCGUGGACCCGCACGUGGAGAACGCGUCGUGAACAUUGAACCUCUUCACUUUAACUGUUUGUGAGCUGUUUACACCUGCCUAAUUCAACAAUGAGUGCCAAGUCAGCCAUCAACAAAGAGGUUUUCAUACCUCACGAUGAGAAGAUGCUUGCUGCUGUGCAAGUGAAGCGGAGGACAAAGAAAAAGAUCCCUUUCCUGGCUACUGGUGGUCAGGGAGAUUACAUGACCUUCAUCUGCCUCUCAGUGACAAAUAAGAAACCGUCCCAACUAUCCAUCACUAAGGUCAAGCAGUUCCAAGGAUCCUCUGCCUUUGUAAAACGGUCUGGGUGGACAAUCGACCAGCUACGGCAGGUCAAUGGCAUUGACCCCAAUAAAGACUGUCCUGAGUUUGACCUGAUGUUCGAUAAUGCGUUCGACCAGUGGGUUGCUAGUUCAGCAGGAGAGAAGUGCACCUUUAUUCAGAUUCUUCACCACACCUGCCAGCGAUACAGCUCAGCACGGAAACCAGAGUUCGUCAACUGUCAGUCCAAACUGCUAGGGGAAGACCAAGCUGUAGAUUCAGUCAUUUUCCGUUGCAAGGUCUUUUUGAACAGAAUGAAGAAAGAAUUUGUUUCACAUCAUGGUCAUCUACUGAGACAAGGUAACAGUAUACUACAUUCAGCUGCAGACAGCGUGACGAGUGCUGUACAGAAGGCCAGCCAGGCUCUGAAUGAGCGUGGCGAGCGAUUAGGCCGGGCUGAGGACAGGACUGCAGACAUGAUGAACAGUGCUGAACAGUUUGCUGUCACUGCACACAAGCUUGCCAUGAAGCACAAGUGUUAGACCACUGCCAAAACCAACUGGGCUGGGGGGGGGUUCCACAAUCGCCAGACGCUGUACAGGAGAAGGAUUCCAGAUUUUAUUCUUUUUAAAAAAUUUUAAUAUCAUUAAUAUUUGUUAACAAUGUUAACAUUUUAAUGUUUUGGGUUUUUGUACUCUGGUGCAUCUCGUUUUUAAUGAUGGCGAUGCAUCGAACAGAUGGGAGGAAGAGAGAUAAACAACGCUACUUCAGACUGUCAACAGAAUGUUUCAUGCUUCUGUUUGCCAAACAAGUUACAAGCCACAUCCAUGACUGUACUUGACAAUGGCAGUCACUCAAUAUACUUUCCCCUUUCAUAUGCUCAGACACUAAUAUGAGUGCACACAAACUGACAUGUCAUUAUCAGCAAACCUUCCGAGAUGAGGACUGGUUUAUCUCACUUGAUAUUAAUUGUUAAGCUUGUGAACGCUGCAGUGAUUCUGAAGUCUAAUGCAUGAGGGAAGGACCAUCUCCUGGGUUUUCACAAGUGAGACUCUGGAUUGGGUUUAGGUUACCACAUUAAUAUAUAGUACAUAUAUACCUAAAGAUAGACUAGCUUUAAUGUUUUGUUGGUACCUAGAUACAUAUUUUGACAUCAAAUUUGGUAGAAUGGAUUGCUGGAUUACCAGAUAAAAGAGAUGAUCUCAUCUGUUGAAGAAUCACAAAGUAUCCCAAUUUUUUUUUUCUAUGCUUUGACUCUUGGGCAUUGAACUCUUUUAGUCUGUUUUCUCUGCCCAUGAUUUCAAACUGCAUUACGUCAGUAUUGCUCAAAAUAUUUUCAACAUAUCAUUUCAUAAACUGCCGAUGAAACUGGAGAGAGUGGUUUGAGUGAUGGUAUAAUAUAAAAAUGGUGAAAUAUUAAAUCCUCUGUUAGACUUGUCUAUCAUUCAAAAACAACCAAAACUACAUGGAAUACAGUUGCCAACAUUUUUUGACGUGUACUUGAAGAACUUCGUUUUAAGAAUAAGCUUUUUAAGUGUAUUAUUGUUAUUCCGUAUAAUUUAUGCUACAGGGGAACAAUUCAGUAAACCAGCUUCUGCGCUGUAAAAAGCAACCUGUAAUUCUUCUAGUACUACUAUCUCAAUGUCUGUAGAACUAAUUUGUCCCUGGAACAUGGGAUGUUUUAAUAUUAAUCCUGGCUGUAUUUCAACUUUAAACAUUCAGUAGUCAUAUCUUGUGCUUUUUGUAUAAUUUGGGUUGGUGAUUAUAAUGAUGUGUAUGCUGAUAAAGGACAAAAUGUUUCAAAUAGAAGCAGUGUGUGGUAGUUUUUUUUUUGUUUUUUUUUUGGUGGCUCUGCUCACACUGACUCUUAACUUUGGCUUCCUUGCUAGCAAGACACCACCCUCACACUUGAGAGAUCUUUGAUUCUUUUUAUAUUUUGGAUUUUAUAAUUCGUGAUGUUACAAUGCACUGAUGACCUUAUCUUGCAGAGCACUGUUGAGUUCAUAAUGAAACGUUCCAGUUGCCUAACUCUUAGCGUGCUUUUAUUCCUCUCUAACACUUGGGAUGUUUAUUGUUUCAAUUUAAAAAAGACAGAAAAAUGAAUUUAUAUUAUUAUCAGUGUCCUUUUUUUAUAGCCAGCUCUAACAAUUCCAUCAAACAAUGGAAUCAGAAGUUGUACAUUUAUUUUGUGGACUAUUUUUUUUUUUUUAUCAUUACUACAUUCCUGUAUUUACAUCAAUGUUCCCUUUUCAUAGACAAUAAGCUGCCAAAAACUCAGUGUCUCAAGGGCCAUUAAGUCAUUUUCUGUGUCUGAUGUGCUCAGUUUAACUUCAUGCUUUAGCAAUGCUCUCAUCACACUGAUCUCAACUCUCUACUGUAAGAUGUAAAAUAAAGUCCAGUUCACAAUCACAAUAAAAUGGUCUUUAUUA